AUGCCUUUCCUCGGCUUCCGAUGGGUCGUCAACUUCGUGUUGCUGGCCGUCCCCAUCGGCGUCACUCUCGGCGUCCUGAUGGGACUUGACGCCGGCAGAAGCGCAAAUGGCGAGAAGCCGCUCUUCACAGAGCCCGACAACCCCGGGACGAUCCCCAAGAACAACGGCAUCACGCCCAUGGUUUCGUGCGACAAGGCAAUGGGUCUUCACCCUCUGUCCAAGGGUCAGGAGUACACACUGAACCCGAACCAGUGGGGUUGGACCGAAGGCACAGAUGGCGCGCUUUGCAUGAAUGUCACCACGUUCAACAACCAGACCUACGCGACCGACUUCAGCGCGCCCGAGUUCUACGUCACAUGGCGCUACCCCCGCGGCCCGGAGACGCAGCCCGUCCACGCGUUCCCCAACAUCAAGGUCGACGGCAGCAUCCUCCCCGUCUCCCUCGCCUCGCUGACCAACGUCGACGUCGACGUCGAGUGGUUCUACUCGGUGGGCAACUACACCACCGGCGGCACCACCGCCUCCUCGACCGUCGCCGCCGAGCUGGAAGAGAACGACACCAACACCAACUGCGCCAUCGACAUGUUCCUCGACGACGACAAGGAAAAGUCAAAGGACAGCACCAAGGCCAAGUACGAGAUCAUGGUCUGGCUCGGCACCUUUGGCGCCGCGACGCAGCCCAUCGGAUACCAAGCCGGCGCCGGCGUCAUCACCACCGAGACCAUCAACGGAACGACCUUCGAACUCUUCUUUGGCCAGAACAGCCAGCAGCAGUACGUCCUCACCUGGAUGUCGACGGCGCCGGUCCCGCACUUCGUCGGCGACCUGGCCCCCCUCAUCUCGAAGCUCACCACCAUGAACCGCGCCAACUUCCCGACGACGGCGACCUACAUGGGCUACAUGGGUCUCGGCUCCGAAGCUCUCUCGGCCACCGACGUCGUCACCUUCCAUGUGACGCAGCUGUCUAUGGAGAUCAAGGCGUCUUCUACGUCAUCGUAG